AGAAGAAAAAAGUAGAAGAGAAGAAGAGAAGGCAGUUGUGUGCUCGCGGCUGGAUUCGUUUGAGCUCGCUGUCUAGGCAGGUGGAAGAUGAUAGACAGAAGGGAGCAAUUCCAUGGAGAGUGGAGGAAGAGUCUCAAAGGGGUUGUGAAGUGUGCUUGAUUGAUGAACCCUCUUCUGGUAGUUGAUAAAUAUAAUCACUUGGUACCAAACUUUCGGUUCUGUUAUAAUUUGCUUGAUGUAAUUGUGAAUAUUGUAUUAUUGCUUGAUGACUUCGCGCGAGAAAAUACUCUUUUAGUAAGCCCUCUUCCCGAAACCCAGACCUCGUUGAUUGUCCUACCCACCCCGAUCUUAACUUCCGUUCAGAAUCUCACAUGUACCAUGACGCUGCUCAAUGAUCUCCUAUCUUCUGUUUUUUCUUGUUGGUACUUGAUUAUAAAGUAUCUCCACAGUCUGACUACCAUAUCGGCUCCAUUGGUUCAGGAGCAGAGAUGUGAUGGAUGCAUUCCGAAUACCACGGGCCAUUGUGCAUCAACAAUUGAAGCUGAAGCUCGGGCUUCUUCAACUCCUUAUGCUUUUCCGCCCAGUUCCACUUUUGCUCCGUACAGGACUGAAGCUGCUCUCGAAGUUGAUACAGCUCAUAAUACAUAGGAAGAUAUAUAGAAACUUCAGAAGCGUUCCAACUAGGCCGAUCGAGAAUUCUGCGUAUAGUUCGUCCAGAAUGAUCCACCAUAAACCUGGAGAAACGAGGCCACGGACUCCUCGUCAACGUCGAAUAAGCCCAGUCGACAACUAUCUCGGCAAACUUUGGGGCCCAUCACGAACGUAAUCGUCU